UCCGCCAGUUUUUCUCACCCCCCCAGCUUCUAACUCUGUACAAGGGCCUUAUCCGUCCAUGUAUGGAGUAUGCUUCACAUGUCUGGAGGGGUUCCACUCAUACUGCUCUUCUAGACAGGAUGGAAUCAAAAGUUUUUCGUCUCAUCAACUCCUCUCCUCUAACUGACUGUCUUCAGCCUCUCUCUCACCGCCGCAAUGUUGCAUAUCUAGCUGUCUUCUACCGCUAUUUUCAUGCUAACUGCUCUUCUGAUCUUGCUAACUGCAUGCCUCCCCUUCUCCCGCGGCCUCGCUGCACAAGACUUUCUUCUUUCUCUCACCUCCUAUUCUGUCCAGCUCUCUAACGCAAGAGUUAACCAGUAUUCUCAAUCAUUCAUCCCUUUCUCUGGUAAGCUCUGGAACUCCUUGCCUGCUUCUGUAUUUCCACCUUCCUAUGACUUCAGUUCCUUCAAGAGGGAGGUUUCAAGACACUUAUUCAUCAAUUUUUGACCACUGCUUUGACCCUUUUAUGGAACUGGCAUUUCAAUGGGCAUUUUUUUUUUUUUUUAUUAGAUUUUUGUUGCCCUUGGCCAGUGUCCUUCCUACAUAAAAAGAAAAAAAAAAUCAUCGCACAUCCUGCAGACUCAUCAGGCAAGACACCUCCCCUCUCUGCACCUCCUCUCCUCCCACCACGUUCACCUCCACCGAUGAUGUGGCUAACUCAGGUACCGAGCGAAAGGCGUGCUCUACAUGGGGUGCUGCCAAUGAGGGCCGCCACACCUCUGUAUCCACCAAAGAGUGCUUGAGCCACAACCCGGGGAGGCGAUACAGUCCGUAUUCAUCGUGCGUUUUGAGUAAGGAAGGAAGAGGAGACGCAUUAUUAACUUCUACAUUGGAUUUAUUGCACAGGAGGGAAGGAGAGCAUGACGGGUCCAGCGCCGAGGAUACACCUGAGCCGCGCCAGUACCAGCGUGUCCGAUGACCAGGGGGACAGGGGCGGCGAAGUCUUCACCGAGGCAGGACUCUGGGCCAGCCUCACCCCAGACCAUCUCCUCGCUCUCAGAAACCAUUUCCUGCAGGCGGAGUACAGGGUGGCUGGUUGGAGGGAGUGAUGAUCCGACCCAUAGCCACCUCCUCACACGACAGCAAUUUGUGGACGCGGUCUCCUCCCUCCUAGGAAAUGAACAGUAUGAGGGUGUGUGCGGUACUAUCUUCGACAAUGUGGUGGCCGCCUACAGCCCGACACUCGCCACCUGUGGGAUGACUGUCCACACGCCCAACAUCAGCAGCAGCAGCAGCAAUAUCAGCAGUACCAGCAGUGGCAGCAGUAUUGGUUUUAGGAGCGGCGCACCUGGCUUGAGCUGGGCAGGUUUGGUGUCAUACCUGGCGGCGGGCGUGGGUGGCGAGACCCGGGAUAUAGCACCCAGCCCGCCUUUCCAGCCCACACCCCGCUACCGCUUGUUGCUUCACAAUAAGCGCGAAGGUGUGGCGGGGACGCUGGUGUGUGGGCGUAGUCGGUUGCUGCUGGUGGGGACAAGGGGCUCCCUCACCAAGCUGCUGCCCAGCCGUUGGCGUCAGCAGCAACACGCCCGUCUCCUGCUGGAUGGUGACCCGGACGAGGAACAGCACAGCAGAACUCAGGCCCCCCAUAAGGCAGGCUUGGGCACGUGGGUGGUUGGUGUAGCGCUCCUGGAGGACAACAUCGCUGUAGUGGCGGCGUCCUCGUCCACGUUGCACCUGGUGGACACCUCAACUACCCCUCAGGAGCUGCUCAGGAUAACCAGCCUUCCAGCGCUCCCCUCCUGCGUGACCGCCGGGUGUGUGGAGGACGGGCGGUGGGUGGUGGUUGGGGACGAUCGCGGCGCCGUCCAUCUGCUUCGCUUCCCUCAUGCCGCGGCGGGUCUGCUCACACGUCCACGUAGCGAGGGCCUCACGGCGCUCACCUGGCAGGAAGUUUGCAGCCGCGCUCAAGUGAUCAACGGGCGUGCAGUGGAGGUGUGUGGACAGGUGCAGGUGGCGAGUGCGCCAACCAUGCACAAGUCUGGUGUCCGAGGUGUGGAUUACAACCCAGUCACUUCCACUCUCGUGUCAUGCAGUGGAGACCCUCGGGGAAGUCUGGUGGUGUGGGGACCCGACCAUGCCACCAAGACCUACUCCUUCAGCAUGCCCAAGGGAGUUCGAGUUUUCGCGGUAGAGUGGACGCUCCAUAUCCUGGUGACCGGCAGCAGUGACGGUCGAUUACGAGUAUGGAAUCCUUAUGUACCAGAGGCGGCCCUGGCGGUGCUGCCACCCUCCCCAGCUCCUCCGGCGGCUAUCCUAAUAUGCCCACUUCGCCGUGUCAUCAUCACCUGUGAUGCUGAUGUUAUUGUGCGUGUUUAUGGUGUGGAGGGCGCCCGCUGUGUGCAAACGGUGAUCUUGUCGUUUCCGGGAGGACCAGGAGGCUUAGCCUUAAGACCUCUCACCCUGCUGACUACUGGAGAGCUGCUGGUGGCCUGCAGAGACUACGUAGCCACCCUGGGUCCCUCUCCUGACAAGUCACAUCCUUCAGAAGGACCCCAACACCAGCUGAUGGGGGACGUUGACGUCGAUGUAGGUGAUCGGGAGGAAAGUGGUGUCACCGAUCUUGAUAAAGAUGGUGACUUGAUUAAAGACUCAUCGAUUAUGUCUUCUGAUGAGCGACAAGAACGUGAGCGUAUGCGCAACCUCAUCCGGCAGGGGGCUGCAUUCUGCUGCCUCGAGUUACAGAAAGUAACACCACCCACCCUGCCUCCUGAUCUGCCUCUGCCCCCACGACUGGCAGCCCUUGGACUCACACCAGAAGACCCAGCUGCUCUUCUAGCUCAUCUACCUCCAGCCACGAUCGCCUCUGGCCUCGCCGCCACAGGUUCGACACCUACCCUCACAGGUCAGUCAGCCUCACGCGUCGCCGCUCGCAGACCUGCAAGUUCUCGGCCAGCGUCAGCUAGACGUCAGACAAUGACCACGUCGGCAGGGAAGGUUGGGCAGGACCCGUCCUCAUAUGCCCCGCCAAGCAGUGGCCGCCACCUCAGUCCUGCAUGGCGACCACAUUCCCCACGUCAUGUGUAGGGACUAAACACCGAUGAGUUUCUGUUUAACACACACACACACACACACACACACACACACACACACACACACACACUAAGAGAGAUUGUACUAAAUGUUCAGCAUAAUCUACAUAUUCUUUAUUGUAGCAAAUGAAACAAUAGGGAAUUUAGCACUAAAAGAUAUAACGGACCCAAAGAGAGAGAGAGAGAGAGAGAGAGAGAGAGAGAGAGAGAGAGAGAGAGAAAGUUUAAGGCUGGCUAUGGCUACAUCUAUAUCGACAGAGAAGGGAGAGGAAGAAAAAAAAAUCAAGACGCUAAACACAAAAAGUAAGAUUUUUAUUUGCCAAGGGAAACCAAACUGGAAGCCUACAUACUAAAAUAAAUAAAUAAAUAAAUAGUACGAAAUAAGCGUUUACUUUUAUGGAAACUCACUAAGCAAAAGUUGAGGUGCAAGGUCUGUAAUUUGAAAUCAUUAUACUCUCAUUAUAACUACUUUAGUAUUAUGUAAGAGGCGGCUAUACACAGGGGUGUCAGAUUUUUUUUUUUUUUUUUUUUACCAUUGCUAGUGCAGAAAUUUUGUUGAACUAUCAUUAAAAUCAUGAUAGCACACCUGAGAGCCCCAAUACCUUCCACCUAAAGUUUAUUGAAACUUAUAAAAGCAUAAAAAUGUUUAAAAAUCCGGUCGCUGUUUCGUAUGAAGGAUUGUGAAUACUGUUUAAAAGAGUUAGAUGCCAAAAGAAGACACAACAACAGGAUGAAAUAAGACUAGUAAAAGUCAGCAGAUGACCGGAAGCAAGGCAGCUCCUGAGUACUUAAAAACCUGUCAUCAGCAUCUGUAAAAAUUUAUCCAGCCUCCUUUUGAAAUUUUUAGGAGGAUGGAUAAAGUUAUGGUUGGUGUUGACAGCUGUGAGUAGUUUUGUCUAGGUGAGGGAAUAGGUUGAGCUGUAGUACUAGCCUUUUCAUUAAUUGAUGUUUUACUCUCUCUCUCUCUCUCUCUCUCUCUCUCUCUCUCUCUCUCUCUCUCUCUCUCUCUCUCUCUCUCUCUC